AAGUUUUGAAAUAUUAUAUCCGAUGACAAAGCAGUGCUUUAUAAUAGCGGUGACGAAGUUUGUGUGCCAAGUCAGAAGACAAUAGCUAAUUGAGCUAUACUUUAAAACACUGCGGUUAUGAUUAAGUUAAACUAAUAUAAUUACAGUUUAAAUCUUUAAAACGUAAACAUUGAUGAGUUUGUGUGUGUUUUCUUAAGAAAUUGUGGUAUUUUUUACUCAUAAAGCGAUAAAAUGUUAAACAUUCAUACAUUUGUCUUUAAGAUAAUAUUUGGAUUAAGUUUAGUUGGUUCUACUUCAACACAAGAUUGCACAUCCGGUACGGCUGAUAUCGUCUUCGUCGUGGACGAUUCUCAUUCUGUCCAGCGCUCCAACUACGAGCUGGUGAAAGACUUAAUAGUUGAUAUAGUGAACACGUUAACAAUCGGGCCUGACGCCGUGCAGAUUGGAUAUGUUCGAUUCUCUUCUACAGUAGGACACGAGUUCUACUUGAACAGUUACAACACCCAGGCGGCUGUUGUCAAGGAUAUAUCUGGAAUUAAGUUUAAAGGUGGUGGUACUGACAUCACACGAGCCCUGAGUAAGGCCCGGGAAGAGCAGUUUACGUCCACUAGAGGUGCCCGAGACUCCGCUCAGUGGGUGAUUGUUCUCAUCACUGACGGUACCUCUACAAAUGUCGAAGCCGAGGCUGAGAAUGUCAAAGCAGCAGGGAUCAAGAUAAUUUCCCUGGGAAUCGAUGAAGCUGAUGAAACUCUCCUGAAGUCCAUAUCUGAUGCUUUCUUCUACAUUGUGGACUUUGAUAAUCUUGGCGAUAUUAUUGGAAGUCUUGUGACAGCCACUUGUGAAGCAACCCAAGAGCCCGCUUUACCCUGCGCGUCUGGUCCUUGUCAUAACAACGGUUCAUGUACAGACGUAGGAACGGACAACUUCACCUGCUCCUGUCUUGCAGAAUACACCGGAAUAUUAUGUGAAUCAGUGUACGAUCCGUGCGAUGAAUCGCCAUGUCUUCAUGGCGGUGUGUGUAACUCCACGGGCAUCAUUUACGACUGCGACUGUCCAGCAAAUUACCAGGGAACCAACUGUGAAACAGAUGUGAACGAGUGUAAUACAGGUGCGCAUGACUGUGUCCACAUCUGCAACAAUACAGAUGGGGGCUACAUCUGCUCUUGUGAUCCAGGGUUCAGUCUCAAUUCGAACGGAAAUUCAUGUGAUGAUGUGAAUGAAUGCCUAACAAGCGCUCACACGUGUGUCCAAGGAUGCAACAACACUGUUGGAAACUACACCUGCUAUUGCUGGGAAGGAUAUGUCCGGGACGAUGUGUUAAACACAUGUAUUGAUAUCAAUGAGUGUAUGAGCAACUCCACCAACGACUGUGCACUAGGAUGUGAGAACCUGCCAGGCUCCUAUACGUGUACCUGCGAGCAAGGGUCCAUGUUUAACCAGACAUCCAGGGCCUGUGAAGACUUGGACGAAUGUACAGACGGUAGCCACACCUGUGAACAUCAGUGUGACAACACAGUCGGGAGUUACACCUGCAGUUGUCAUGCUGGCUUCUCUCUCGACAGAAAUAAUAGUACCUGUUCAGACAUUGACGAAUGCGUGUCUGAGACGGACGACUGUAGUCAACUUUGUACAAACAUUGAGGGCGGUUUUACAUGUAGCUGUACACAGGGAUAUCUCCUUGACGAGGAUAACAAAACAUGCUCGGAUGAGAACGAAUGUGCAGUCAACAAACACAACUGUGACCAGCUGUGUUUCAACAUCGAGGGGAGUUUUACAUGCGGCUGCACAGAUGGAUACAGUUUGAAUGAUGACAACACAACAUGCUCAGACGUUGACGAAUGCGUGUCUGAGACGGACGACUGUAGUCAACUUUGUACAAACAUUGAGGGCGGUUUUACAUGUAGCUGUACACAGGGAUAUCUCCUUGACGAGGAUAACAAAACAUGCUCGGAUGAGAACGAAUGUGCAGUCAACAAACACAACUGUGACCAGCUGUGUUUCAACAUCGAGGGGAGUUUUACAUGCGGCUGCAUAGAUGGAUACAGUUUGAAUGAUGACAACACAACAUGCUCAGACAUAGAUGAAUGUGGUCUGGAGACGGACGACUGUAGUCAGCUGUGUACCAACAUUGAAGGUGGUUUUAUUUGCAGCUGUAAACAAGGGUAUCUUCUCAAUGAAGACAACAAAACAUGCUCGGAUGAAGACGAGUGUAAAGUUAACACGCACAAUUGUGGCCAGCUGUGUUUCAACACCGAUGGUAGUUUUAACUGUGGUUGCAGGGAUGGAUACCUUUUAACUGAUGACAACACAACGUGUGUAGACCUUGACGAAUGUUUACAAAAUACAUCAGGGUGUGAACAAACAUGUACUAACACGGAAGGAAGUUUUAAUUGUUCCUGUAACUCUGGAUAUAUUCUGCAAGAUGACCUCAGGCUUUGCGCUGAUGUAGACGAAUGUUUUGAUGAUCAAUACCAGAGGUGUAGCCAGAUAUGUAUCAACAGCCAGGGAAGCUACUCCUGCAGCUGCGAUGAUGGAUUCGUAUUAAACACCGAUAGAUUUGCCUGUGAUGAUACUGAUGAAUGCGCCUUAAAUAAGGGUGGGUGCUCCCAUAUUUGUAACAACACGAUUGGAAGCUUUGAAUGCAACUGCAACAGUGGCUAUACUCUCAACACAGACCAAAGAACGUGUAGAGAUAUAGACGAGUGCCACCUGAACACCGAUGACUGUGCCCACGAGUGUACAAACAAGAACCCGUUUUACUCGUGCUCCUGUCAGCAGGGAUACCUGACGUUUGACGACGGCAGAACCUGCUUAGAUGCCGACGAAUGUGCCCGAAAUGUAGAUGGAUGUAUGCAGGAAUGUAAUAAUACUGUGGGUAGCUUUCUAUGCUCUUGCAAUACGGGCUACCAACUGGAGAGCGAUCUCAAAUCGUGUCGAGAUGUGGAUGAGUGUACCGAAGGAGGCCACCAGUGUUAUCAAACAUGUAUUAACAACGAAGGCAGCUAUACUUGUGACUGUCUUAAUGGUUAUAAACUUGGCGUUGAUGAAAGAUUCUGUGCAGAUGUGGACGAAUGUGCUCUUGAAAUCCACGACUGUGGACAAGUUUGUACAAAUAGGAUCGGCACAUACCAAUGUUCGUGUCAUACCGGGUUUGAACUUCUUGUGGACGGCAAAACAUGCUCUGACAUUGACGAAUGUGCCCUCCGUACCAGUGAUUGCAAACAAACGUGCAACAAUACUGUAGGCAGCUACCAGUGUGGCUGCUUUGUGGGAUUUUACUUGGAACAAGACGGAGUAUCUUGCCAAAACAUUGACGACUGUAUCGGUGUAAGCUGUGUUCACGGUUCAUGUAAGGACGGACUUGCAGCUUACAACUGUGUCUGCUUUUCUGGAUACACCGGAAGCCUUUGUGACAGAGAAAUAGACGAGUGUAGCUCGAAUCCUUGCCAAAAUAAAGGAACUUGUCAGGAUUUGAUAGCCGGUUAUGAUUGUUUCUGUACAGAGGGUUAUGCAGGUCGGAUGUGCGAAACAGACAUUAAUGAAUGUACGAGCGGCCCAUGCCUUAACGGCGGCGUAUGUGUUGACCAUGUAAAUAUGUUCUCGUGCAAUUGCACGGGCUCAGGGCACGAGGGAAACCUUUGUCAAACGCCUGAAUUAUUUUUCUCCGAUAGAAACUAUGAUUUAAUUCGGACAGCCGUGCCUGCCGCAGCUGGAGGACUUGCUUUAUUGUUGACCAUGGCAUUUUGUUUCGUUUUGAUACGACGACGACGAAAAGAAAAGAAAGAGCUUAUACUAAACGAUGAAAAUCCAAGGAGAAACAAGGAUGCCAUUGACGGCGAACUGUUUGCAGAUGUUUCCAACGUAACGGUUGAAUCAUGGACUAGAUUUUAGAACUGUUGUUAUAAGUCAACUGUACGAUUGGAAGUUAUACUAGAAGCGAUAAACAUAUUUCAUUGGAUCUUUACUCUUUAUGUCAUUUUUGUCUGGAAAUUGUCCCAAUAACUUGACUGAUCUCAGCUUUUAUAUGUACAAAAGUGUCAUGUUUUAUUAGAUUUUAGUGUACAUUUUAAAUAAGCAUUGCUCAAUUUUCUAACAUCCAGUUGAUAUCUUAUGCGUCAUUAUCAACAGCAUAUCAUUGUUGAGCUAUUUUCAUGUGUGUUAAUGUUUAUGAGUGACUGGGUGCUUACUGGUUUGGGUUGGCAUUAAUGAAUAAUACUACCACACCGUCA